AUGGGUUAUUGCAUCAACAAUUCCAGUGAAAAGAAAGACAAUGGGUCAGCAUGGCAUAUUGAAUAUGGGUGUGGUGAAGCUGGAAAGAUAUUUGAAGUCAACAAUGGCUAUGAAAAUGCAGGCGAGUAA